AGCGCCACACGCUCACGCUCACGCUCGCGCUCGCUCUCAGUGAAGUGAUACAUGGUUCAUACGCUGAUACAAAAUCGAAUAAAGAGAUAAAUAAACGAAAAGCAAAAUUAGUUAUUGUCAAAUGGGCUCGCAAAUCCUGAAAAUCUCGCCUCUUGCUGUUUCUAGAACGUUCAUUCUCAAGCCCACCACUCUAUCUAGAUUUCUGCCUGCCCCAAUCAGCCAUAUCGCGACAGCCCGCGUUGAUCGUUGUUCAUUGACGAAGGCAGUCAGGUAUAGGAGCAGUUUAUCGAGUGGGUUUUCUGUGUUGACGCUUAAUCAGGGAAAGAAGAGCUUCAGAAGUGGGGUUGUAGCCAUGGCUGCGCCUGGGUCGGUACAGAAGUCGGAGGAGGAAUGGCGCGCUGUUCUUUCCCCGGAGCAGUUCCGUAUUCUAAGGCAGAAGGGUACUGAGUAUCCAGGCACUGGGGAAUACGACAAGUUCUUUCAGGAGGGUAUUUACACUUGUGCAGGAUGUGGAACUCCUCUGUACAAGUCCACUACCAAAUUUAACUCCGGUUGUGGUUGGCCAGCUUUCUAUGAGGGUCUACCCGGCGCCAUAAAUCGAACACCUGAUCCCGACGGAAGGAGGAUAGAAAUCACGUGCGCAGCCUGUGGAGGACACCUCGGUCAUGUGUUUAAAGGGGAAGGGUUUCCUACACCAACAGACGAACGCCAUUGUGUCAAUAGUAUAUCCCUCAAGUUCACUCCCGCUAAUUCUGCUUCUUCGCAGUGAAGAACACAGUUACAGUUACGGUCCCAACUGACGAGGAUGUCGUGUAAACUGCCAAAUAAUAUUACCUUUCUGUUUUAUGUAUCGAAUGACCAUUUGAUCUGCAUUGUGGAGUUUAAUAUUGACACUUUAUCCAGCUAUUUUAAAUAUUUACCAAUUUGUAUGAU